UUCCUCAAAAGCUUUUUCUAAGAGCUAACGCGAGCGAGACAGACCGAGAUUGCAGCAAUAAGCGACUUAACGAACACACUGAAAGAAAGAGACAGACUUAAAACUAAAUUGGAAGAGAGUAGAAUGAAAGUUAUAGAUUUAGAAAUAGAGCUUAACGAGUCUUCGCUUAUACUAUCUGAAAUCCUCAAAAUAUCGGACAGCCAAGAACUUAAUAGUAUAAAGAAAAGUAGAAGCGUUUUCGAACUUCAAAAGAGUGGUAAGGUAGUGGAUAGGCUUGACAAAUGCAACUUUAGCAGAAGUUACAACGAUUUGAUCAACUUACCCAAAGAAACCAACAUCCAAUCGAAUGUAUAUAAAUUGACGAGGAAAGUAGCAAACCUCACAAAGGAGAUUAAAGUAAAAAAUGCUAAAAUAAUAGAACAGCAAAGAUGCAUAUCAAUUUUGGAAGAUGCCUUGAGAGAGAAUAACAAUAUAGCAGAGUUUGAACAACUACUAGCGGUAGUAAGAAGUAAAGACGAGAGGAUAAACGAGUUAGAGCAAGUGUUGAACAAAAAUCCUGGUGCUAUCACUCCUAACAAUAAUGAUAGAAGAAUAUUGGAACUAGAAGAAGCUCUGAAGGAAUCAUUUUUAAUAGCAGCUGAAAGAGAGAAAGUUUUCUAUGAAGAGGAACAGAAGAGAAUUGAAACACUACAAAAGAUGAAAAAAAUGCAGCAACGCAUAUUAUCGCUGCAGAAUGCAUCGAUAAUGAACUGCAAGACUUGUUCGUCUGUGUUGAAAAGAUUAAAGCAUCUUGAGGAGUCCUUGCAGAUUUGUCGGGCGAAACGAAACGCAGUGCUGCGGCAUCUUUCGCAUGUUAUACACGACCUCCUAGAAGGAGCCAUCAGUGAGAAAGACUCGCAGAUAGCCGAGCUGGAGGUUAAAGGAGUCCUGAACGAGAACGAGACAAAGACAUGCGACGCGCUCAAGAGCGAAAAGGACAAACUGCUCAAUAGACUUAAGGUGGAGAAUGAACAAAUAGUGGCGUUUGAACGUGGUUCCAGCGAGCCAGUACCCGAGGAUCGAGAAGGUUCUUUACCUGUGCUAACGCUAGCCGACGAUCUGAUUGCCGCCUGCGACGAAAAUGUAAUUUUUUGGGAAGAGGACAUCCCGGCAACCAUACUGUGACGUCACAAAGCUAAGUCUAAUCGUAACUUUGUUGUGGCCUCAUCAUCACCUCACAUCACCCGCUACCUUACCAUUGCUUAUCACUAGCCUUUAUCACCAAUUAAAUUUAAAAAAAAAAACCCGCUUGCAAUCUCUUGUUCAAUUCGUGUCGAGGCUGUAUGGUUUUAGACCUUUGCCUGUCUCAAAGGAAAGAAACUGUACAAAAAAAACAACAAUUCGCGUUCAAAAACCGCGCCGUACGACCAAAGACAAUUUUUUUAUUAUUGUUAUUAUUAAUUAUUCUGUAAAUAAAAAUAUUCUUUUUUGAAUUCAGUUAUUUUUUCUAAAUAAAGGUCUCAAAGACGUAGACUCACAGAUUCGAUUGAUAUGGAACCAAGUCUUAUAUUUUAUUAUUUGUAGAUAACCAAUUAUUGUUAAACUAUAAUUAAAAAAAAUGUAUACCUAUAAUAGAGCAAUAAUUUAAUCUUCUAGAAAAAGUACACUCAGUGUCUAUUUUUAUCCUAAUAAAAAAUAAUUACCUAAAUGAAAUAUUUUUACCGCUUCCUAAAAUUAUUACCAUCUAAAACUUAAAGCCAUCGCACACAUCCUACUUUUAGCAUCCGAUAUCCGAUAUCGAAGACUUGAAGCUGCAAUUAAAAUUUUCUUUGCAAGUUUGACUGUUAGUACGCAUCGAAAGCUAUGCAGCGACUGCAAGUUUCCGAAGCCAAUCACACGAUUUAUAUACCUCUGAAUUGGCCCCUUGCCAUGGCUACUGUACACAUUUCUGAACUAAAUUGAGAGUUCUGAAAGUAUUAAUAUCCUUUUCCGCAGGGAAGAUUGCGAAAAGGAUAGUAAAUACUAUUUUAACUCGCCCAUUUAGCUUAAGUUAAAUAAUGACAAAUCGCGAUGUAGUCGCUGAUUAGCUGGAGUUUGAUUGGUUAGUUUUAAAAUAAGAAUCAAGUCAAUCUUUGUAGCGCUCGAUGGAGACUCCUCUUAAAAGUAUUGUGUGUGCUUUGGCCUCAUACCUCUAAUCUUGUUAUAUUGUUUUAGGAUAAAUAUUAUUAAUUAAGUUAUUGUUUUAUUGGGUGUUUGGGUGAAACCUGUGCUCAUUGUCCUUCCCAAACGAAAAUAGUUAUUGUUAUUUACUUAAAUAUAAUUAUUAUUCAAUAUUAUAGAUGCGUACCAAUAACUUAGGCCUACCGCAGAUGAUCGACAGAAAUCGGUCCGAAUAAAAGUCAAAAAUUAAAUUGAAUCGGGAGAAAACCGAAGUCUCGAACAAAUAUCAUUGAUUUAUCUAACACGAAACUGACUAAUACAAUUCGGUUGUCUGUGGUACAUUUUCACUAUUAUGUUAAAGCAAUUUCAAAGCUUAGCUACAUACCUAGUUUGUUUAGAGAAACACGAUUUUGUUUAUAAUAUUGAACUGCAAAUAAUUAAACGUACGUUACUUAUAUUCGAGUAGUUUUUUGUAAUACUUUUACAUAUCAAGCACAAAUUAAGGCCUCCGGAGCGAACAGUUGGCAUAUCAUUAAUCUUUAAAUAGCAUAGACGUAUAGAAUGAAAAUUUAAAGGAUGCGUUGAAAUUUCAGCUUUGAGUUUGUAUUAUUACAGAAACUUGUCGGACAAGUAGUGGGACUGCUGAAACUUUUAGACUACAUAGUUUCAAACCUGACACGAUUUGUCGUCGUAAUGACGUGUCUCGAAUUCGAUAAGACAAAUCGUGCCGUUAAAGGGUCCUUUAACAUAGUAUUUCGUUGAGUAGUCAGACAAACUCAAAGCUUAAUAUUUUUAACUAACCUAUUAUUGAUCAAACAACUAAGGCCAGAAUAAGGCUUAGUUUGCACAGACAGUCUUCGUAGAUUAAGGGACUUUGUUUAUCCCACAUCCUAAAAUUCACAAUUUUUAGUAUCCUUAAGAAAUCAUGUCAGUGCAAACAAGACCUUAUCCAGAGUCUUUACCAAAUAUGAAAAUUCGUCCCUACUUUCCCUCACACUUUUACGGCCUACACCCCAUUGUAUAUGUCUAUGAAAUUAGGACGCUAUCGUAUAGACAACAACGCCUUUUACACUCGACAAAAGCACUGCCUUAUUAAUAAGGAAAUUGAUUUUGUGUUUAAAUGUUAAGCGAGAUGCGUUUUUGAUAGCUGAAUAGACGUCCGCUCUCGUUGAAUGAUCGUGUCGAAGUGAUGUGAAUAAGCGGGAAUUCAAAGCCACUUCCGUUUCGGCAGCUAACUACCUACAGUAUUUUGUAUCGAAUAUGUAUCUAUUGUGAGCUUUUUAUAUAAUGUCUUUACAACUGUAUCGCAUUUUGUGGUGCGUUGAACGGCGUGUCGAAAUCCAAUUUGUGAAUAUUAUUUACUCCUAAGUAUAUGACAUAGUAUAGUUAAUACAAACAGCGCUUAUAUUUUAUACGAAACUGACAAAAGUACGACAAUCUUUAUUUAUGCAACCACAUAAUAUUAUAAUCAUUAACGGCUGAAAUAGAAAAUCAAUCUUAUCUGUGAUAAAUUACUUAGCAACGUUGUUAUUUUGUCAAAAAUCGUAUGGUGUCUUUUGGUGAAUAACAAUGUUGUGAAAUGGUUGCAAAAUAAUUUAUCGACAGAUUACAGAAUUGAUAUAAGUAUUACUAUUUUUCGUCGUAAGAAGAAAAAUGCGUUUUCCUUUUCUGAAUAUAUUAUUAUUUCUGGUAUCUUGUGUAGCAUAUUUUCAUAGAAAUUUCAUGCAUAGGUACUUAUUAUUAUUAUAGAAAAAAAAAACAUAUUAAAAGAAGACGAAGAAGUGGUCAAAAUAUAACAAUUUUUUAGUUUUGUCUACUUUGACAAGUUUUCGUAUAAAGUUGAGCUGCUAUGACUAUUCUAUGGUAAUAAGUUUAGCCUAGUCAAAUUAAAUCCUUAAUAAAAUGUUAUUAAAUCAUAUUUUUAUUAUUGCUGUUUUAGGCAAAAGCUUUAAAUGAUGCCACUUUCCCAAUUUCAUAAAUUGGAUUUUAUUGGAGCCGAAUUAUAAAAUAAUAACAUCGAAAGAUCUCAAUUUAUGCUGUUUUACUAUUUAUAAGGACUGUGGCCACUUUCUUAACAUAUAUUAUUUACUAUGUGUUACAUCUAUGUGUGUGCAUCUAAAAAUAUUGUCACAAAAUAUAAUUUAAAUACCUUGUACCUAAGUAAUUACUUUUUAACAUUGUUAAAAACGUUAUAUUUCUGAAUAUGAAAUUAGUUUUUUAAAUGGAAGUGGCCCAAAUAGAGGCACCCAAAAAACUUCAAGUUGGUUUCUUGUUGUGAGGAGGAAAUUUCUGCAAUAACUAAAAUUUUUGCCUAUUUCUACAAUUAUAACGAUUAAUAUGUAGUAGGAGUAAGAAAUGUCCGAAUAAUCAAUUUUUUUGAAUUGUUUCCUAAAAGUUAUUUGUAACUAUUAGUUAAUAUUAUAUUUAUAUGAUUUUUACAUCUGACCCUUUCUAACGUAAAUGUUUCACUUAUAACCAAAAAUGUUCCAACGUAAGUUAGUACCUUAUUAAUUAAUUGCGAUUAAUUGAUUAAUUAAUUUACUAAUAGAACCACUUCAGGAAGAUUAUGUUUCAUAAAUUUCAUAACCCGCUCAAGUUAACUUUUAAAACUAUCCGAAAUCGCGAAACAUACAUGGCAUAUUUUCAAAUAGGUUAAUUAUAAGGAACCUUAGGUUUUUCUUUGGAUCUCACUAUUUGGGCCAACCUGUAUAUUAAUAUCAGAUUACCUAUCGUUUUCGGGUCCAAAAUGGCCAUUGUCCUUCUUAGCCGUUAAGCUGUCAAUUCUUCAAAGUAUGCUGGAAAACUAAUCUAAACAAUCUAAAAAAUAAAUGAUGGAGUUGGCAAACUGGCUUUUUAUACUUGAUACAUGUCGCUGAACUUAGUAUGUAUUAAUGGUAGGUUGGGCAUAGACAAACUGCAACGCUCCGUUGAAUUCGAAUUUCGAAUGUGUUCGAAUAUUUAAAUUUAAUCGCGUGAUCAACUCAGCGUUGCAGCUUAAUUUUUUGUAUUGAAUCAAGUGUGUAGAAAAUUGUAUGAUCACAAUAAUAAUGGUAUUAAAAUGAUAUUAGUUACUUGUUAUUAUUAUUAUAAUGGUAUUAAGCCGUGGGUCGCUGUUUCACACGUUGUAUUGACCGAAACUAUGCUGAAAAUAUAAGGUACAUGUUCUUUGAAAAUAUAAUAUCUUCAUAUAAUAUAAUA